AUGUCAGCCGGGACAGUGGUUAUCUGUGGUGGAAUUCUAGCUACAGUCAUCUUACUGACUAUCGUUGCAGUACUGUGCUACUGUAGGUUGCAGUAUUAUUGCUGUAAGAGGGAGGAGCCAGAGAGGGAGGAGGAGGAGCAACCGGACCUCACCACCAUGUCCUCUCUCCCCACACCAGUACACACGGCCGGGGACCUCGACGUGAUGACCACGCCCCCCUCCGAGCCUAACGGGCCCGUCUUUGUCUACACUCCGCCCCUGGUCCGCAAACCAGUGACACGCUCCCAUACAUUCUGCCCCUCCUGCACGCCUUACUCCCUGCCCUUCUACCUGCAGCACCCCUCCGAGAGGCUGCGUAACGGCGGCGAGCGCUUCAGCUACAGGACUGUGCAGCAGCAGGAGCUGGACCUGCCCAUGGACCUGGCCAGCUUCAACCACAAGCUCAACCUCAUCCGCUCUGUCACCAUGAGGGAGGUGGUCACCCACAGCCACAGUGUCAGCACUGACGUGUAGCCCCC